AUGAAUGGUGCAAGGAACGUCAGCAACAAUGAAGACGAGGAGGUGAUGCCGGAGGGUGAUGCCAGGGGAGACGAAACGGGGACCGGGAGCUGCGAUCGGAAAGGUGUUGGUAGCCCGGAGGAGGGGGGCUGGCGUUGGGGCACCGGUGGUCGACCGCUGUGGGGAGUAAACUCGGAUGCGCACCAGCGUCAACUAGGAAACACCUGCCAGGGGUUGUCGCAAAUGCAGGUGCGACUAUGACUACAGAUGCUAGGGGGACUGGCUGCAGUGACCUUUGUGCAAAUCCAUCGCGCCCACUGGCUCGUUUGACUAAAGAAGGAGCAGAGCGCGAUGCUUCGACUGAAUUGCGCACGGAAGCUAGUAUGAUAGAAACAGCUGACGGUUGCAUUGGGGCGAGAUGGCGGAGUGGACUGGAAAUGUCGGACAGAUGUCCUCGAAGGCCUUCAAAAUGAAGGGAAGGCUGUCUGGUUUUGAAGAAGUGCUAUUGUCUCCCUAAGGUGUACAAGGAGGGUGCCCCUCUCCGGCCCAUUGUACCGCUCAAAGGCACUCCAACGUACGGACUGGCAAAAUGGCUGUUUCGGCGCCUCAAAUUUCUGACCACUGAUUCGGACACCACCGUCUGUUCAACGCAAUUCCUGGAGAAGCUUAAAGAAGCUGGUCUCUUGCCAAAUGAGGUCAUGGUACCUUUUGAUGUCAUGCCCCUUUUCUAUCACCAGGAUCUGGCAAUCGAGACCGUCGAGCUACUCCUACGAAGCAAAUACAAUGAAACGGGAAUCGUCUCGGACAUGCUCAAGUCCUCCAGUUCCUAA